AUGGUCCGUUUCUGGCGGUCCUCCUUGGAGUUCUUUGGGAGGGGAAGGGGGGGAGGCGGCCGUUAUCGAGGCGACGGAGGAGGAGGAGGAGGCGGCGGAAGGGCAAAGCAGAACAGCGCCUAACAACUAGCGGGUCACACACACACAGACACACACUCUAUCCCCGUGGGAGCUCCCGACGACCCUGGCAGGUAGGACGCGCGCGGCGUUGGCGCCGCCCUCGCUGGCGCGGAGCCGGAGGGUCCUGAGGCGCAGCUCGCGGCGGGGGCGAGAUUCCAGUGGCUGACCUCCUGCCUCUCCCGCAGAGCCGGGGGGGGGGCCUCCUCGACUCCCGAAUGGCGGCCCGAGAGCUCCUCUGCCUCGGCUAGAGAGAGAGAGAGAGAGAGAGAGAGAGAGGUGAGGAGGAAAGUGCUGGGUGGGGCAGGGGAGACCGGGAGGAGGAGCGCCCUAGAUCCGUUUGGGAGCCCUGCUUUCCGGCCUGCUAGCCGUAAGCCUUUGCCUGGUUCUCUGAAUGCGGUGGGCUCGCGCCUCAUGCCAGACAGCCACUUCCGCUUCAUCCCAGGGACCUCACCUGUCCAGGUUGGGAAAGGCUGAGGGAGAUCGUUUUCAUUUGAUGUUUGGGAAAGUGCUCUGUGUAGUUGUGAAGGAGCAGCUCUCUGCCUAAAAGCUCACCAUCUGAAUUAAAGCAUGAAUAGAGAAGGUGGCAGCCAAGGGUUCAAUUUGCAGGAUGCUGUGUUAGGUGGACCCUUUCCUUUUGGAAAAACAGAACUCCGGGUGAUGCUAGAAAAGGGGUGCCCAAAAUAAAGGAUGCCUGCUCAGUAGCUAACCUGACGGUAAGUGAGUAAAGGGAUCUCGGCAGAACCCAAGAGGAGUUCUGUUCCCUAUUGUGUUGUAGGCAAUGCAAGCAGGUGUGGCACAGCUUUCCCAGCUGUCCUUCCCCUCUCCUUCUGUUGCCAGAGACCUCCAAAAUGUUCAGCGCAGCCCAGUUGUCUAAGGCCCAGUUCCUUGACAAGGCGCGCCAGGCGCGUGAGGAGCGCCGGGAGCUGAAGGAGCGCGAGCGAGCGGCAGUGCAGAUCCAGGCCCUUGUCCGAAGGUUCUUGUGCCGCUGUCGUUUGCAGCGGGAAAUCAGGUGCGUGCAAUGCGUGUGCAGGUGCUGGGUGGAUUUGGCUUUUGGCCUCUGGGGACUGAAGCCUUUUGCCAGUGGCUAUGCCAGUGCUGGCUCCCAGGGUCCCUUGUCUUCGAUGAGGGGGGUGCUGCAAGAUCCAAAUCCUCUCCUGCUGCCUUUGAACUUUUUGGAUCCUCUGAGCAAAGUGAGCGUGGCAUUGCUCUUGGGGCAUUGGUGGGCCCUUUGCCUCUCUAGGGCGCUGGCAAAUUCCUGAACCACCUACCCAGUGUAGCUAGGGAAAUAUCUUAAGUCAGUCAUUGUGUGUGGGCAUCUUGACCUGUUCUGCCAUGUAUGCUCUGAGCCGAUCUGCAGCUCCUUCUGCUGCCUCUAUCCAGAGGAAAGAACCUGAACAGUGUUGUCAUUUGUCAUGGAAGGCGGGAAAUCCUACCUCACCUGCACACACCAGCCUUUCUCAAAUUACAUUGUACCUUUUCUUUUGGACUUUCCUUUGUGCUCCCCAGGAGAGAAGUGGAUGACUUUUUUGAUGCAAACGGGCCUGGCAAGAAGACAGCACUUUCGAUCUUCAAAAUAUCCCGGAAGCUGCUCUUUGUUUUCAGGUGCCAAGAUGACAAAGAGGUACUACUGCUUUGCUGAAGGUCUCCUCGUUGCAUGCUAUUUAUUCUUGAUGCUAGGGGUGGGGCUGUUCCAGUCACAGAAUGGGGAGGGAGAAUUUUCUGGAACAAUGUGAGCUUGGACAGAAACUACUUACUGCAGCAGCAGAUUCUGCCUACUUCCAGGCUUGCCCGAAUUCUGAAAAUGAUCCUGAGCCCCAGAGUCUCUGCAGGGGCAAAUAUGUGUUCCAUAGGAGAACUGUUGCAUUUUUCAAGAGGUAAGCUGAGCCCAAAAACACAUAUCCAUAGAAAGAACUGCUGCUCUCCCUUUGUGUGAGUUUUCCACUUGGGAUAUAUCUCCUUUUGUAGGAGUCCUGGGCCAUUCUGCUUUUUUUUUAUGUUCCAAAUGAUUGAGUGAACCAACUGACACAAUGCAGAAUGCCCUAUCCUUGGAGCAGGGAUGUCCCCACCUGUGAUCCUCCAGAGGCUGCUGGACUCCCAACUCCCAUAAUUCCUGACCAUCAGCCAUGCUGGUGGGGCUGGUGGGAGUUGGAGUCCAGCAACAUCUUGAGGGCCACAGAUUCCCCAUCCCUAAUCUAGAGGGAGGACGCUGCUCUGAAAGAGUAACUGCACUGGAGACCAGUCAGUGCAUGAGCCUCGUGCUCUGCUUAGGGACUGUACGGCAGCCUUAGACUGGCCAUUAGGAGAACAGGAUGCCGGACUAGGUGGGCCAUUGGCCUCAUCCAGCAGGGCUGCUCUUACGAUCUUGAGCAAAAGACAACCUUUGGAUUGUAAGAGUGAAGUCUGUUUACUGGAAAUAAUGGAAAGCGCUGCUUUGCAGGAACCAUUGGAUUGAGGCAACAAAAUGAUUAUAAUUUCAUAUUAACUCACCUGCUUUUCAUUGCAGAGAUUUGAAAAGUUGUGCCGCUGUAUCCUUAACAGUAUGGAUGCUGAAAAUGACCCUAAGGUGAGCUAAAGUCACUUUUCAUAGACUUUAACAUGAGAGUGUGUGCAUAUUUUUUCCAUAAAAUAUCCCCAAGAGCAGGUGGAGAAUUUUUUAAUUCCAUAAGCAUAUGCUGGAGCAUUGCUGGCUAGUGUUUCCGAGAAACAUGAAUAUUUGUGGUUGUUCUAAAACAACCAAUGUCAGAGGCUUUCCUGCCACAUACACACUGCAGCUCUGAAUUAUGGGGUGACAAUGCUUUGUUCUGCAUUUUCCCAGUCCAGUGACUGAAUGAUGGCCUCUCCCUCCCCUCCCGCAGUUAUCAUGGUCUUCUGUCACUUGCCCACAGGUGUGGUAUGUGUCCCUUGCACUUUCGAAGGAGCUCACACUGAUGUGGAUUAAGCAGGUCAAGGAUGUGCUGUGGCUUUGCUGUGAGUUUCUGAAGCUGCUUAAGGUAUGGACUGCCUUGGCUGUCUGUUUUGUGUGUGUUUUCACUGGCCUGUGACCAUUCCAGACUUCCAUUUCAUGUCUCUGGCGGUUCUUUCCCCUAGCCAGACAUAUUGCAAGACUCUAAGCUGGUGAAUCUGCACCUCACAAUGCUGGUGACAUUUACGGACACUUCCACUUGGAGAAUCCUGAGGGGGAAAGGUAGGUGUGUCGAGUUCCAUUUUUCUAGGGCUUUCUACUAGCCAAAAUGACAAGGCUUUUUUAUACUUGCUGUGGAAUCUUGUCAGCUUCUCAAAGAUGAGUGAUGGAUGGCACUGUUUCUGCCUUGCCUGCAGAAGAAAGUGUCUGCUCAGCAUCUGUUUUGUUCACAAAGUAUGUAGUACAGAGAUAGAGAUACGUGAAGUAACUUCCAAGGUUUGGGGCUUUAAGGUUGGCAUUAGAUGCCCACUUAAUUUUGAAUUAUAAGACCAGCCCGUUCUCUGGAGAGCAGUUUGCCCCAUAGUGUAUGAUUUAGCUGCAAUUGCCAGCUGUCUCCUUCUGUGGUGUUCCUCUUGCAGGAGAAAGUCUGCGGCCUGCCAUGAACCACAUCUGUGCAAAUAUCAUGGGACACCUGAAUCAAAAGGGAUUUUAUUCCGUGCUCCAGGUUUGUUGUGCUUGGUGUAGGGGGUCUUAGUUUUUGUGUGAGAUUAUGUAUAUUUGCAUCUGCUCAAAGAGAAAAUAAAUGAUGGUUAACAGUGUAUAUGUUUUGUUUUGUUUUAAUAUUCACCUCAGCUUGUAGAACUAGCUGUUCUUUAAAACGAGUUCUGUUUGCUACUCCCCUAGUUGCCUUUUUAAGUAAUUCUGAGAGCUCAUGGUAGAUCAUGGCAUGGCAUCUCCAACAACAGCUCCUACCUGGGCUGAGAGAGGUGAAUGUCUCUAAAACCUCAUGGCUGAGCCAAAGUUUUAACCUGUGUGCUCCCCAUCCAGUACCUGCUGUGUCUGCAGCACUGUCCUGGCUCUGAGUGCUCCACAGUAGGCUUUGAAACCGAUGCUGCUCAUUGGUGAAGUGCAAGAGCAGCUCAUAAUCUUUGUGCGCUGAUCUGUGAGUUUGCUCCAUAAACAUUUUUUUCUGAGAAAGCAUUCAGUACAAUUCUCCACUUGGUGACAGUGAUGUGCUUUAUCCUGCUUUCUAGAAUAGCUCUUUUAACUCACAUAGUUGAUCUCCAGGCAAAGCGAGCCCAGUGGCUGCAUUGGGGCUGAGCUCUGUCUGCCAUGUUUUUAUUAGUUACAUUAGGGUAUCAUCUUCAGGGGACUGUUGGAGAGCCAUAAGCUACUCCUGUCAGAAGUCUGGAAUCUAUAAGUUGUGCUUUCUAACAGUUGCCCCUCAUAUAGACACCCAUAUGGAGCUCCCUCCCACAGGAGGCAGUGAUUGCCAGCAGCUUGGCUUUAAAAAGGAUUAACAGAUUCAUGGAAGAGAGGGCUAUCGAUGGCUCCUUGCCACAGUGGCUAAGCUCUGCCUCUGCAGCUGGAGGCAGCAAUGCUUCUGAAUCCCAGUUUCUGGAAACGGUAGGAGGGUCCUGUUUCCCAUAAUGAAGAUAUGCUUGGCCACUGUGAGAACAGGAUGCUGGUCUAGAUUUACCUCUCUUUCAAAUCAGAACCAGUGAAGGUCCUGUGUGAGUGUCUGGAGGGGGUUGGAGGAUGGGUGGCGGCUAACAGAUUGAGGUUGAAUCCUGACAAGACAGAAGUACUGUUUUUGGGGGACGGGGCCGGUGGGUGUGGGGUACUCCCUGGUCCUGAAUGGGGUAACUGUGCCCCUGAAGGAUCAGGUGUGCAGCCUGGGAGUCAUUUUGGACUCACAGCUGUCUAUGGAGGCGCAGGUCAAUUCUGUGUCCAGGGCAGCUGUCUACCAGCUCCAUCUGGUACGCAGGCCGAGACCCUACCUGCCCCCGGACUGUCUCGCCAGAGUGGUGCAUGCUCUGGUUAUCUCUUGCUUGGACUACUGCAAUGCGCUCUAUGUGGGGCUACCUUUGAAGGUGACCCAGAAACUACAACUAAUCCAGAAUGCGGCAACUAGACUGGUGACUGGGGGCGGCUGCCAAGACCAUAUAUCUUGAAAGACCUACAUUGGCUCCCAGUAUGUUUCCGAGCAUAAUUCAAAAUGUUGGUGCUGACCUUUAGAGCGCUAAAUGGUCUCGUCCCAGUAUACCUGAAGGAGCGCCUCCACUCCCUCAUCCACCCUGGACAUUGAGGUCCAUCUCUGAGGGCCUUCUGGUGGUUCCCUCACUGCGAGAAGUGAAGCUACAGGGAACCAGGCAGAGGGCCUUCUCGGUAGUGGUACCCGCCCUGUGGAACGCCCUCCCACCAGAUGUCAAGAAAAUAAACAACCAGCUGACUUUUAGAAGACACCUGAAGGAAAGCUUUUAAUGUUUAACAGACCACUGUAUUUUAAUAUUUUGUUGGAAGCUGCCCAGAGUGGCUGGGGAAACCCAGCCAGAUGGGCGGGGUAUAAAUAAUAAAUUAUUAUUAUUAUUAUUAUUAUUAUUAUUAGAUGAAGAAUUGGCCUGAUCCAGCAGACUUUUCUUAUGUUGUUGAAUCUUGGCUGCACCUUCUGACUUCCGGAGCUUUUGGCAGGGUUGGGGUUGGAGAUAAAUGACAACCAACACCAGAAACUUAUAAGGGAGGCUCUUCUCUCUCUCUCUCUCUCUCUCUCUCUCUCUCUCUCUCCCCUCCCCUAACAUACAGGGGUACCUUGGUUCUCAAACUUAAUCAGUUAUGGAAGUCUGCUCUGAAACCAAAGCAUUCCAAAACCAAGACGCACUUUCCCAUAGAAAGUAAUGCAGAAUGGAUUAAUCCGUUCCAUACAAUUAAAAACAACCCCUAAAACAGCCAUUUAACAUGAAUUUUACUAUCUAAUGAGACCAUUGAUCCAUAAAAUGAAAGCAAUAGACUUGGCUGCAAUCUACUACCGAGUAUAAAAACUGGCAGUGAUCUACCCAUUGUCAUUGGAGGGAUAAGCGUGCGGGGUGCGUGAAGAGGGAGUUCAAGUGGGGGGAAAGGAAAGGGAGGCAAAAGUUCUCUCUCUGAGGAGCAAGGUGGCUUCUCCCCCCCCGCCCAGCUUUUCUGGAUCCCUUCCCCCACACACCCAGCGCCCCUUCCUCACCUUCAGGGCUGGCACAAGCAGCCCCCGCCACUUGGGUGCGUUCUCCUCACUGAAGAACUCUUACUGCAGCAGGGGCACCUGCAUCCUGCCCGCCAGGCUGUCCCGCACCCAGUGAGGGGAUGCUGCGGCAGUCACUUCUGGGGCCGAGCAGCUUGGCAUUCCCUAACUCCGUGCCGGCUGCAGCAGCAAAAUCCGGAAGCCGAGGGGGUCGUUGAUGUGGCGGCUCCCUUCUCGGCUUCCAGAUUUUGCUGCCGUGGCUGGCGCUGAAUUAGGGAAGGCCGUGCUAAGCAGACAAGUGAUGUCGCUGCCUCCCCGUGCCGCUGGGUCCCUCUGCCGUCGCUGCAGCACCAGCCACCCCAUCCUCCGGGACUAGGUGUCACCAGUGGCCGGCGCUGAGUAAGGGAAGCCCAGGUCGGGUGGCCAGUGAGCGGGCAGCGGAAGUGUAGCACUCAAAACGGAAGUGCACCCCCAAACUGAGUACGUUCAGGUUCCAAAAAAAGUUUGAAAAGCGGAACACUCAUUUCCGGUUUUGAAGCGUUCAGGUUCCAAAUAGUUUGUGAAGUAAUCUGUUUGAAAACCGAGGUACCACUGUAUUGCAGCACACUGACAAUUCUUGACAAUCCUUUCAGCUUCUUCGUUCUUCUUUUUCAGAUUUUGCUGACAAAUGGCUUGGCGAGGUCAAGACCUUCCCUCUCCAAAGGCACUUUAACGGCAGUCUUUUCUCUUGCAUUGCGGUUAGUCAAUAGGCCAAGUUAUUACUCUUCAGUAAAGCAGCUUUAAAUAAAUGCAUGUGUGGGUUUAUUUCUUCCCCAUUGCAUCACCCUGAAUUUACAAGUGAGUAGUCCCUUCCUCUGGAUUUUAUUUUUAUUAUGGCAGUCAGGGAGGCAUUAUUUCAUCAAUUCUGUUGUAAACCCACAACUUUCCCCAUUUCAAGAAAGACUUGAAUAACUUGCCAGCGCAAGAGUAACUUGCUAAGCAGGGAGCUGGUUCCAGGGUGAACUUGUUCUUUGGAACAUGCCCGCAAUCUGGAGUUAAAAAUUAAAUUCAUAAAAUAUGUUGAGAGAGAAAAAUGAAGCACACAUUUGAGUCAUCAGAAGAGCCCUGCAGCAGGAUCAAGCCAAAGGGGGCCCAUCCAUCUAGUCUACCAUUUUCUUCCCCACAGUGGCCAGCCGAUGCCUCUUUGGGGAAGCCCACAAACAUCCCCCAAAAGGUACUUCCAGAGUCAUUGUCUUUCUUGCUAAGACUUUGCUUUCCUUACUACGGGAGUGGCUGUUCUUGUCUCCGUGUGCAGAAAACGUAUGCUUCUCUUCUCUCCUCCCUUACGGUAUUUUUCUCUCCCCAGCCCUGUGGUUGCGGCUCAGUUUUCUGACAAUCUCUUACGAUCCUUUUUGAUCCACAUCAUAUCCGUGCCUGCUAUAGUCACCCAUCUUGCUACGCUUACUCCUGAGGUAGGCAAUCCCUCAAAUGGCGCGAGUCAGAGACAGACUAUUGGAGGGGGCACAUUUGUUUUGCUUUGCUAAGAUCUCGCAGUGCUGCUGUGCUAGAUGGGGAGGAGGUGUCCAAUUUAGGCAGAGGGUUAGUAGACCAUUGAAAGUGGCUUUGUGAGCCAGAAUUGGCCCACCGGCCACAGAUUCAUCUACCCUUGAUUUAUAUUACCUCUGUCAUUCUUACAACAUACCUGUAACAUGAGGUCAAUAUUAUUAUUAUCCUGUUUAGAUGGAGGUGCUGAGGAUGGCAGAAUAUUAUAGUGUAGUGUUGGCGGGAAAAUGGGUGUUUGUACUUUGCUGUGGAGAGAAAAUAGAACUUUAUUUGCCUCUUCCUAACUUGGGCAUAGGUAAAACUACUUGAGUGCAUCACAACACUGUUUUACUGACCGAAUCAAAGCAAAGAUGCUUUGGGAAAUGUGUUUGACUGAUAAGCCGAGGUACAAGUGUAUUUAAAUAAAGGAAGCUAUAAAAAGUUUGCUUUCCUUUCAGCGUUUGGCAGUGAUAGAAUCGCAGGACCUCCUGCGCAAAUUCAUACUGUUCUUGAGUCGCGAAGAGCUGUGCAGGGACGUCUGUGUGUGUUUAGAAGGGAGCCACACGCUCUGCCUUCUAGGUAAGCAAAGCUGCUUCCUAUCUCAUUUUUUUUUUAAUAAGAUAUUUAUUGAAAUUUUCAAAGGGUUACCAAAUAAAAUAAAAGCAGUAGAAAAUACAAAAUAAAAAUAAUUAACAAAGUAGAAAAAGAAAAAAAACAAACCCCUUCCAACCGUAUGAAUACAAAUUCAAAAAUAAGAAAAAGUGACAAAAAGAAAAAAAAUACAAAAAUACAUCACACACAAUUAAAAACAUUUAAAAACAAAUUCAUUAUUCUCAUAUCCUCAACUGUCAUUACCUUCUUUCUUUGACCUCCUCCUCCUCCCUUUCUUUGUAUCCUAGUUAUUAAUUAUCCCAGCAAAUCCUUUCCGUAUUUCAUAAUAUUCUGUCAUUACAUUACCCUAAACUGUUUUAAUCUUAUCUUUCUAUAAUAAAAUAAACCUUAAAGCUUAAAACUUAAAUCUUAUCCUUACCAACUUCUCAUAACCAUAAUAUUCUUUCAUAAUUCUUUAAACAUCUUUACUAAAGCCAAGUAGUUUCAUUCCAACAUUUUUCUAACAUUCAUCAAUUUUAUAAAACAGUUCUAAUGGUAGAAAAAAAAAAUAUACAAACAAAUCCAAUCUUCAUCCAACGUCCCUUCCUCCUGGUUCCGGGUUUUGUCAGUCCUUAUUAUCCUGUCAAUCUAGCCCAUUAACCUGGCAGCCUUAUAUCCGAGGCCCUCAAGUCUCUUCCAUGUCCCUUCCGCAGCUCUUCAUAUUUGUAACUGUAUUUUCCCUUGUCUCCUGCUCGUGGUAACUGCAGCUUGGCAAUAUUUUUAACCCUUCUCGACAGAUCAGCCCCUUUUCCAUAUUCAACACUGAGUUCCAUAUGGUAUUUAAAAGCAUGUUUCAAAAACCCUCCGAAAUUAAGAGCCCCCACAAUCCCAAACAUCUCACGGCCCAUUGUCAGAUUUGAAAAGUCCAAACAUCCCAGCAUAGGGGGGUCAAUCCAGCCCCCCAUUUCCAAGCCAAACCAAACUUUUUCUUUCCAAAUCUGGCUUUUUCCAAGUUCAUUUGUCAAAUUCGAAAACUCAUAUUCCUGUUGGGCCUGUUCUGUCAAGACACACUCCUGAUUUAAUUCCUGAGUGGACUCCACAUAUUUUCCCACUGUCUGUUCAAAAUUUCCCACUGCCUGUUCAAAAUUUCUAGUCGAAGUUGCCAUCCAAUUCACCUUUUCAUGUAAUUGUUCCAGUAGGGCAUUUGUUUUAUAGAAAGCACACAACAAAGCUUCUGAAUACAUUGUCCUGCAAGGUCGAAUGCCUAUUCCCACUAUUGUUAUCUGUAACAGCUGCCGGCUCUCUGGAGUUAGUUACAGUUACACAGUCUCCCUCUAGGGGGAAAACUUCUAUUUGUUCUUGCAACAAAAUUUCCCUUUUUGAGAUACUUUGUCAAUAUUUGUUGCUUAAAGAUGUGAAGGGAAGCAGUGGAAUUGCUAUGUUUCUCUUCUUUUAGCUAUCUGUCAAAAUGCUUGUCUCUGGUCAAUGAACUUCAAACGUCAGUCCUGACACCCCGCUCCAGGAUCAGGACGGAGGAAAGUUACUUUACUUUAAACUCACUUUAAACAGUCCGGAAAAGAUCCCCUCCUUCUCCUGCUAUCGAAGGGGGUUCCACAAUUUUAAAUGAUGAAAUCCAAUCCUUUAAAGGCGAUUUUCUAAGCUCUAGUUUACAUUGUCUUUGCUUGAUUCUGUCUACAGAAGAACGGAAGGCUGACUUCCUGUUUAGACCUUCCCGUUCCGUACCAAAUUAAAAUAGGUUUUUAAAAUCCAAUUCCUUUCUGCUCGCAAGUCCUUAUCUAAUGUCCAGUUGUUCAAAGUCUAAGUACGGGUGCUUAUUUUAGAGUCCAAAUUGUCCCAGGAAAAAGGCAGCGCUCUCCGGCAACGGCUGUGCGGCUUCGCUCCACGGAAAUAGCAAUUGACUCAUAGCACCGCGCCACUUCCCCCUCUUCACUUCAGAGCCAGUUAGUGGGUUCCUUAGCGAGUUGGGGGGGCGCUAAAGGUGCCCGCCGAGUCCCAUGGUCACAGGCUUCAUCCGCCUGUGAUUUUUAAAAGGGUCCCCGCUCGCCGUAGCGGAAAAGACCCGUUUCCCGCGGAGCUAGUCCCUCCUGUUCAGAGGGAGUCCGCCAUUGCCGGUGGCGCCACCCCGGAAGUCCGCAAAGCUGCUUCCUAUCUCAGUGCUGCCCCUGGCCAAGGAUAUGUGAAUCAAGCUGUGUGGCUAGAGCGUCUCUGUGGGGGAGGCCACACAGAAGGAUGCACUUGACCUCUGCAGUGUUGGCACAAGGCCACCUGAAAUGAUGCUUCCUGAGAAUUUUCAAAAAUAUUUUUAGAAAUCAAAUUUCUGUUCCUUUAUGGCAGUGAAGAUAUGCCAUGUGGGCAGUGUGUUGGUGAGCUAUCAAAAGCUAGAGGUGUAGCUCCAAAGGUACUGCCAUGGUCAGAGGGCAGAGGAUUAAUGACAAUUUUAUUUGCUUAGAUGUGAUUGAAGGGCUGUGAUCGCAGGGCUUAGUGUUAUGGGAAGUGCCGUGGAUCAGUGCCAGUGCAAAUAUGAAGCUAGUUCAGACAUAUUUUGGAGGACAACUUAGAUGUGAGCCAUAAAAGACAGUCAAAUGUGAGCCAUAAAUCUGGCUUUUAAUUUCCCAGCAUCCAAUGCAAAUAAAGAAACAGGCAAGGGAAAAUAGUUUUCUUAUCCUCCAAACUCACAUGAUGUAACAAAACGUUUCAUGUGGCUAAACUCGGGUACAUUUUUUUCAUGAGGAUCUUUAUAGAGAGGACCCUGGGGAGCAUAAUGAACAACGUCCUCUGUGACCUUUUUACACAGAGGCACUUGGCAUAGCACGAAGAAGAACAAAACAUGCAAAUUUGUUUAGAAAUUACAGAAACAAGAAACAAGAGUCACUGGCAACCAGCUAUUCCCUGCUAAGGAUUCCAGCCACUUCAUUUGAUUCUCCUCUCCCCCCACCCCGCCUGCCCCCCUCCCGUUUGUCAGCAUUCGAUGGUCACUGAGUAUCCUCUGUCCUUCCUGGGUUGUUUGGAGUUGUCUCCCAGCUCUUGAGGUUCCCCCUCCUUGCUAUUUCCCUCUUCCGUCAGUUCAAGCGCUGCUGCUGCUGCUCUUUUCCAGGCAACCUUGUCUACUUGGGCUCCUUGAAUGACAAGGUGUUGGAGGAGGAGACAGCCCAUUUUGUGAGCGUCCUGAUUCAGAUGCUCUCCUACUGCCAGAAGUACGUUUCUCAGAAGAAGUCCAACCUCACACACUGGCACCCUGUGCUUGGCUGGUUCUCCCAGACAGUGGAUUACGGGUAAGCGUCACUCUUGGUGGACAGGGGCAGGGGGGGAAAGAGGGUCUGUAGAUCAAUGGGAGGAGACCCAACCUAUGCACCAGCUCCCCUACAUCAUCAGUUCAAAGGAUCACACCACAGCUGAUAGGAAAGAUCUCUCUCUGCCUGCAAUCCCCACCCCAGCCCUGGGAGCUGCUGAUAAUUCCAGACAGUUCUGCUUGCUGGUCACCUAGACCAUGAAGCCCUCCCUGCCAUGUGUCCUGUGCCUCAUUUCCUUGGUCUGCCCUCCCCUGUCCUAGCUUGAACGAGUCGAUGCCUCUCCUCACAAAGCAGCUGCAGCACCUCUGGGGCGCCCACCUGAUCCGCAUCCUCUUCAGUGACGUCCUGAGCAAGAAGCUUCUGGAGAACCAGGAUGCACCUCGCCUGCCAGUGCCGACCACAUCUCCGCAAAACAGCCUGCCCAUGAAGAGUGAGUGGCUGCGGAGCCCAGCGGCCCUCUCAGGCUUCAAUCCUUGACCCUUAUUCUGGAGAAAGUUGGGCUGGGGUUUUUAUUUUUUGCCCCAUUUAAUUUUAGUUUUGCAUCUAGAAUAGUUUAGAAAAGCCCUGACCCUGGGAGGCCUAGCAGACCUCUGCUGGUUCUCCUUGGGCGCCACGGCUCCUGCUGAGGGCCUUUUCCUCUGCUACACCCAACCAGCAGGGUUUUCCCUGUGUAUUUUUGCACAGGCCUCUCUGGGUCAGGGAACAACUUCCUGGAGGAUCCCUCACUGUUCUCAUGGAACACUAGAAUUGUGGAGUUGGAAGGGGCCCAAGGGGUCUUCUAGUCCAACUAGUCCUGCAUUGCAGGAGUUCCUGACAGAUGGCCGUCCUGUUUAAAGGCCUCUAAUGAAGGAGAGCAAGCCACCUUCUGAGGGAGUCUGUUCCAGUGUCAAACAGCUCUUACCCACAGAAAGUUAUUUCUAAUGUUUGGUUGGAAUUUCCUUUCUUGCAAUUUAAAUCCGUUGGUUCAGGUCCUCCCCUCUGGAGCAGCAGAAAGCAAACUUGCUCCAUCUUCCAUGGGACAGUCCUUCUGGUACUGGAAUAUGGGCAUUGUAUCCCCUCUCAGUUUUGGGACAAGGCUGAGCCCACAACACAACAGUGCAGAAGCUUAGGACAAAAAUAGUUGCAUAUGGGAGCAUAUCUUUUUUCUUUUCUUUUUACCUCUUCUCCCUUCAAACAGUUCCUAGAUGGGAUUCAGAGUAAAAUAGAAAAACAAUAAAAUCAACUCAGAAUAAAAAUCAAGCAUAAAACAAUAGAAAAAAGAGCAAUUUUAAAAGCAUACGAUUAAAAAAACAAUUUAAGCACAGAACUGGUUUUAAAAGCCUGGUGCAAGAAAAAUUAAGUCAGUGAGGAAAGGGCCAGGCAAGCCUCUCUAGGCACAGAAUUCCAUAGAUUUGAGCUCUGGAAAAUUUGGAGCUACAGGUGGAAAGAUGCUUGUGAAGGAGGUAUUUACUUCACAACAUUUAUACGCUGUUUAAUAGUAAUAAAACCUCCAGGUGGUUUGCUAUAUAUUCAUAAAAGUUUAUAUACUGCUUAACAGUAAAGAAAAACCUCAAAGUUGGGUUUUUUUAAAAAAAUAAAAAAAUAGAAUUUGUCAGAAAAGACAGUUGAAAACAGCUAUUAAAAAUAUUCAAAUAAUAAUUAAAAUCAGCCAUAAGCUGAAGACAUAUUAAAGUGUUCCAAUACCUAGGUAAGCUUGUCUAAACAGUAAUGCUUUUAGUAGGUACCAAAAAGAGUACCCUGAAGGCAGCUGCCUGAUGGCAGGGAGUUUCAGAGUGUGGGUGCACACAGUAAAAGUUCGACUUCUUGCAAAGGCAGAAUGAGCAUUAUGUGGCACCUCCAACAGUGGGCAUAUGUGGGAUGAGGCAAGCUACAUACAUAGAGAGAGAGGUUUUGAGGGGAGGUUAAAGAUGAGAACAUUGUCAAUGCUUGUCUGCCCCAAGCUGCUGUGCUCCAACUCACAUCUGCCACCACAACCUGAGGGCCAGGGAUCAAGGGAAGUUGUUGUCUGACAACAUCGGGCAAGUGGCCGGUCCUAGAUUGAGGUAGAUCUCAGGAUGACUUUCAGGAGUUUAGGAAGGGCUUCCAAUUCCUCAUCAUUUAAUAGCAGCAGCAGCAGGAGCAAAAGGACCUUUGCCCCGGUGAUGCUCUUAAGCAUGGAUCAAAGUCACAGGUGUAGAUUUGUGCUUGUAUUUACAGGGCAACCCAUGGCUCUGCUAGUGGAGCCGCCGUUUUGCAUUUGGCUUCACUCCCACUCCGGCCACUUUAAUAUAAUUUUUUUAAAAUCCCUGGAUCCCACAAGCCUUUAAAGUUUGCCCCCCCCCCCCAUUCUAGUACGUAUGAUGCGUUUGACCAUUUUGGGGUCUUUCCAGCAUGAGAAUUUUUUGCUAGUGGUUAUCCACAGUGUUAGAAUCUGAGAUAUGAAAGCUAGGAGCUAAAUGGCACCUUAAACCCAGGUUAUGGGUGCAACAACGGAAUGUGUAGGCACACUUUUUUAUAACAAGAAUACAAAGCUGAAAAUGAAUGAACUGCAGCUAAAAUAUUAUGUUCAUUUUUCACAUUACCUAGUCCUUCCACUGCCUACCCACUCCCUAAUAUUCUUAAGAGGGUCUCUUCUCCAGUCUUCAGAGAGCAGCUAGAAGUGGGGAGGCAGAAAAAGUCCCCCUUUCCUUCCACUCUGCAGUUUUAAUCUGAAAUUUUAGGUGCAGUACUGCUCCCAGACCUCAGAAACUGCUCGCGCUAAUGAAAUUCCCUGUCGCAAAAUGCGCCUAGAACAAUGGGAGUUUCGAACACUGGUUCUCCAAAUCUGAACAAUGGGAGGAGGGGGGCUGUUAGGAGGGAGGGAGUCAUUUGAGUGGGAAGAUCCCCUUCAACACGGUUCCUUGGGGUCUGACUGUCCCCUUCUCCAUUUCCCAUUAGACCUUUUCAAGCGUGCCUUCCAGAAAUCCGCAUCUGUCCGCAACAUCCUUAAGCCUGUCGGGGGCAAGAGGGUGGAUUCGGCAGAGGUGCAGAAGGUCUGCAGCAUCUGUGUCCUGUAUCAGAUGGCCCUCACCACCCUGACGCAGAUCCGGCUGCAGAUUCUCACAGGUUGGUUGAGGGGGCAUUGGAGGGGAUGAGGAAGCAGGCAGAGUUUGGGGGUACCUGACGGAAGUGGGGACCUGGUCAUCAGGUAAAGCUAAUUUGAAACAGUCCUCCCUCUAAGGCUGGCUUUACUAGGACCAAUGUUCCCCAACCUGGAGCCCUCCAGAUGUUUGGGGGCACAACUCCAUCAGCCCCAGCCAGCGCAGCCUGUUGAGUGCCCCUUCUCACCUGUUCAAGCUGCUUUUUUAUAGUUAAAUUGAACCAAGCGUCCAGUCCUAAUCAUGCUGAACAUUAAUGUAGAACAUUAAUCUCAUCACAGUCAAUACAGCUCACUUCAGAGCAAACAUAGAAUCGUGGAAUUGUAGAGUUGGAAGGGACCCUGAGGGUCAUCUAGUCCAACCCCCUGCAAUGCAGGGAUCCCAGUUAAAGAAUCCUUGAUGGGCAGCCAUCUGACACUACCUCCCAAGAGGGUCCAUUCCAAUGUCUUAAUGGCUUUUAGCUUCAGAAAGUUCUUCCUAAUCUUUAGUUGGAACCUCCUUGUCCUUUGAAUCCACUGGCUCGAGUCCUACCCUCUGGAGAUCAACUUGGCCUGUUUAGGAUGGGAAUGUUCUGAAAUAUACAGUCCUCUCUCUUUUGGAUACCUGAUGUGGGACAAAUUCCCACCCCCAUCUGCUUUUUCUCCUGGUGCAAGUUCUAGAAGAGCAGAUAAUGGCACCUUGAACUUUGCUAGGCAGCGGCUGAAACUGCCAUGGUGGGCAGGGUCAGAAGGCCAGAGGAAAGGCACAGGUCCCCUUUCUGCCUUACCUGCUGUACCUGCCUGCUUCCCUCCCGCUCCCCACAUCCUCCUCCUCAUGGUUGAUUUUCUACUAGGCUUCCCCAGAGCCUUGAGGACUAGAAGCUUGUGUUUCAUUGCCGCUCUGUGUGUGUGUGUGUUUAAUGAGAGAUAUUGUUUAUAAUAAUAAACAAUUAAUGGAGAGCUGUUUGGCCUCCUGGGGCCGGUUCACUUGUGGAUUUCCCCUCUCCUAGGCUUGACCUACCUGGACGACCUGCUGCCCAAGCUGUGGGCCUUUAUCUGUGAGCUGGGCCCCCAGGGCGGCUUGAAACUCUUCCUGGAGUGCUUGAGCAACGACACCGAGGAGUCCAAGCGGCUGCUGGCCAUGCUGAUGCUUUUCUGCGACUGCUCCCGGCAUCUCAUCACGUAGGCUAUUUUAAUAUAUAUAUAUAUAUAUAUAUAUAUAUAUAUAUAUAUAUAUGAAUAAAAAAUUUCUCACAUCAUGCCAGCUCAAAUUUCCUGCAGACGGCAAAGGUGCGGGCAGGCAGAAGGGGCCUAAGAAGGUUCCACGUGAGGAUUUUCUUGGGCUCUGCCUGCCUGCUUGCCUGUGCCUUUGAGAAAGCCCCCCCCCCCAGCAGUUCUUGCAAGCUGGAGAAGUAUGGGGGCCACCUCAGCUGAGCAGUGGGAGGCUUCCCACCCCCCAGCUGAGCAGUUUAAGGAAGCCCCAAUGCUCCUCUGGCUCACACAAGCUAGAGAGGUAUGGGAGCAUGGACUGGGCGAAGUAUCUUGGCUGCUUCUUCCUCCCCUCCUCCACAGUGAGACAAAGGAAAACUGUUCCUUUUCUCCCCUAUCCCACUUCUAGAAUUCUUGACGACAUUGAAGUCUACGAAGAGCAGAUCUCUUUCAAACUGGAAGAGCUGAUCACAAUCUCAUCUUUCCUGAAUUCUUUUGUGUUUAAGAUGAUUUGGGAUGGAAUUGUGGGUAAGUGAUUUUGGUUAACUACCUGUUCCUUGAGAUUUUCUAGGCUUUCAUCCAUCUAUUAAGACAGACCCAAAGAUUAUUAAGACCCAAAGAGUACUCAUUAAUGGUUCCUCGUCAUCCUGGGAAAAGCGACAAGUGGGGUUCUGCAGGGUUCUGUCCUGGGUCUGUUGUUGUUCAAUGUCUUUAUAAAUGACUUGGAUGAAGGAAUUGAGGGGUUGCUCAUGCAAUUUGCAGAUGACACCAAACUGGGAGGGGGAGCUAAUGCUGCAGAAGACAGAAUUCAGAAUGACCUUAACAGAUUGGAGAACUGGGCGCAAGCUAACAAUAAUAAUAAUAAUAAUAAUAAUAAUAAUAAUAAUAAUAAUAAUAAUUUAUUAUUUAUACCUUGCCCAUCUGGCUGGGUUUCCCCAGCCACUCUGGGUGGCUUCCAACUGAAUAUUAAAAACAGUACAGCAUUAGACAUUAAAAACUUCCCUAAACAGGGAAGUUGUCUUUUAAAAGUAAAAUAGUUGUUUAUUGCCUUGACAUCUGCUGGGAGGGCGUUCCACAGGGCAGGCGCCACUAUCGAGAAGGCCCUCUGCCUGGUUCCCUGUAACCUUACUUCUCGCAAUGAGGGAACCGCCAGAAGGCCCUCAGCGCUGGAUCUCAGUAUGGACGAUGGGGGUGGAGACGCUCCUUCAGGUUUACAAAAUGAAUUCUAUAAGACCAUCAGAAAUCAAACUAUUUGGAAUCAAUUCCUUUGGCUCCACAUAGAAUUGCUUUCACAGAACAAAAACUUGGUGUUAUGCCCUCUGCCUUUCUGCUCUAAGAAAUUGCUUUUGGAACAGCAUUUCUGUGUGUUUUGUAAAAUCAGGCAUAGGCAAACUCUGGCCCUCCAGAUUUUUUGAGACUACAAUUCCCAUCAUCCCUGACCACUGGUCCUGUUAGCUAGGGAUGAUGGGAAUUGUAGUUCCAAAACAUCUGGAGGGCCGGAGUUUGCCUAUGCCUGGUAAAAUGGUUAUAGAGGACGUGACAGUGUCUGUAUAAAGAUCAUCAUGAAAAUCAUCUGUCUGAGUUUAGCUGCAGGGGAAAUUUUCUUUAUAUCAAAUGAGGUUGUGUGGUUUUCACUGUUGGACAAAGAAAAUAAUGUAACCUUGCGUAUUUCUUUUUUUGUGCUUGCUGCCGAGAAAAUGAGAGCCAAAUUUGUGGCUCUGCUCUGAAUGCUGUAUUCUCUUUGUUGUGGCAUGUAGCUUUACAAAUACAAUGAUUACUAUGAAAAUGUUUUAGUGCCAGUCAGAGGCAGGGGCCAGUUUUCAUUUGCUCGUGGGGGGCCGGGGGGCAGACUUGUGGCCCCCUAGGUGUUGCUGGUCUCGCCUUCCUCCCUGCUCAUUGGACAUGCUGGCUGCCUUGUAACAUCUGGAGGGCCACAGCUGUCCCGCUUUCUAUUGUUGAGUUUUCCGCUGUGGGUUACAAUGUUUUUGGCUUUAUUGCAGUGUUUGUUUUCUCUCCCUCUCCUUGUUACAGAGAGUGCCAAAGGAGAGACCCUGGAGCUCUUCCAUUCGGUGCACGGCUGGUUGAUGGUUUUGUACGAACGAGACUGCCGCCGGCGUUUUGCUCCAGAUGACCACUGGCUGCGCAAGUAAGCACCUGCUUCCAAACGGAGUAAUCCAGAUUCCUACCCACCCUGUCAUAAUCUGAGUCUAGGGUGUUUGGUGCGUUUUUCUGGUCUGUUUGCCCUUACAACAUUUUUUCAAGUUUACUGUUAUGCCUCCCCCUUUUAAAAACACUUUCGGGACUGCAAGUGACUUGACCAAGGCAGGAAAGCGAGUCCUUGGCAGAGGUAUGAGCAGAACCAGCUCAGCCUAGCUCUGUGCUGGCACUGGGCCUUGGUCUGCUGCAGGAUGGAUUCUGCCAAAAGCUGUCCUGUUAGAAGUUGCCCACUCAAAACUGGCAGGUCCUGUUUCUUUCAGGACUUUCAAACCUCCUGCCACAUUUAUGUUUGUUUUAUUUUUUUAGGGACCUUAAACCGAGUUUGCUCUUCCAGGAGCUUGAUAAAGACCGGAAACGGGCCCAGCUGGUCCUGCAGUAUAUUCCCCACAUCAUCCCCCACAAAAAUGUGAGUGGAGCCUGAGCCCGGAGCCUGGAAAGGAGGAGCUUGCUGAAUUGUGGGAGUGAUGCUCCAAGGCAGUAUUGUGUGGCCCCGUUAAAGAAUCAAAAUAUGAAUGAAGCACAGGCCUUCUCACCCAGAUGCUCUUCUCUUGCGAAUUCAUAGAAGCACAGGGUUGUAAGGGGUGGAAGGUACCCUAAGGGUCAUCUAGUCCCACCCCUGUAAUGCAGGAAGCGCAACUGAAGAAUCCCUGACAGGUGGCCACCCAACCUUCGUUUAAAGGCCUCCAGCGCAGGAGAGUCCACCACCUUCCAAAGGAGUCCGUUCCCCUGUCCAGCAGAUCUGACCACCAGGAAGUUAUUCCUAUAGUCUAGUCAGAACCUUUCUUUUCCUUUGAAUUCAUGCACGCCCAUCUGAUUUGAGGGUUCUGUUCAUUGCACAGAACUGCAGCCCACCUUCUCCAUAACCUGGCCUGGUUUUGUCUGCCCUCUGGCCUUUCUCUCUGGGGUCUUGGGCAGAGGGAGGGUGUUUCCCAUCACCCUGCAGAGCAGGUCCUGUGGACCACUGAGCUACAGACCGUCCCCAAGUAAACUAGUGGCCAAAAGUGUGGAAACCUUUUGGGGAAAGUGUAUUUCUGAGGUUUGAUGGAUUAUAACACCCCCCCUUUUUUAGUAAUACCAUAAAAUUAUAUAUCAAUGGAAAGAUAAUUUAAUAAAUGAAGAAUGUAAUGCAAUAACUUUUAUAAAUGAUUAUUACAACAUAAAUAAGGAGGACAUUUGUCAGUGUGUUAUGUGAUUGCUAUCAAGUUGGUUGGGUUUUUUUUUUUUUUUUUUGUUCUUUCAUUUAGUGAGCUUGUAAAAAGUAAUAAAAUUAAAGAAAUGGUGCAAAGAGUUGACUGGUCACCCAGAAAGUGAAGUAAAAUAGUACUAUUAAGUGAACAAGGCUACAGUUAUGAAGAAAUUAGAAGAAAAAUUGAUGGAAACUUAACAAAAGGUGGCAUUUCUAAAUUUUUGAAGAGGUAUAAGGAGACUCCUUAAAAUAUCAGACUGGUAAAGUCAGGAAAAGUGAUGAUAGAAGAAUUGAGAGACUGUGCCUGCGUGACAGAAUAAAAUCAUCUGGGUGUAUAAAAGAUGACAUGGUGCAUUGUAUUGUGAAGUUGAAUCCAAGGACUGUUUGGUGCAGACUGCAGGAGUAUGGUCUGAAUGUUAGAAUUCCAAAGAAAAAGCCAUUGUUAUCUCUCAAACAAAGGAUAAAAAGGUUAAAUAUGGCUAAAACCCAUGUUAACAGGACAGCGGAACAAUGGGACAGUGUUAUUUGGAGUGAUGAGACCAAAAUCCCCUUGCUUGGUAGUGAUGGCAUGAAAUAGGUGAGGAGGAGUAUCGGGAAGAUUUACACCCUACUUGUGAAACACCCAAUUAGUGUUAUGAUUUGGAGUUGUAUGACAGCAAAAGGUGUGGGCAGAAUUUGUGUCAUUAAUAGGAAUGUAUCAGUACUUUUCUGUGUAUAAGACUAGGUUUUUACUCUAAAAUAAUGUUAAAAACCGGGGGUCGUCUUAUACACAGAUUGGGGGGGGGGGCGACAGGUGAUUGGUUGCAGCCGUGAGCAGGAGCGGCCAUUUUGUUGGUGAUUGGUGGCUGCGUCAAGUGCUGUUUCGGAUUGGCUGCUGCUGCGUUUGUCAUUUGGGUUAGUGAUCCCCUCUCCCAAAAAAAACUCAACAGCCUUGUGCAAUCCCCCCUAAAAAGCUCAACAACUCUGGGUCAUCUCCCCCUAUUUUCUUAAAUUUGAGUCCUCAAAAAUAGGGGGCACCUUAUACACGGGGGCGUGUUAUAUUAUACACGGGGGCGUGUACAUAGCCCAGACCUUAACCCAAUCGAAAAUUUAUGGAGCCGACUAAAGAAACAUGUUAGUCAGAAGUAACCCAGCAAUAAAACCCAAUUAAUAGAGGCAAUAAUUCAAUCUUGGUUGCAUGUUAUUACAGCUACAAAACUAAAGAACUUGGUUCAAUCCAUGGGAAGGCUAAAGGUUACCCUACUAAGUAUUAACUGACGUGAUAAUUUUUGUAUAUCUCAUUUUUUCAUAUUUCUUCUUUAGACUGCUGUUGUAAUAAAUAAGACUUCAUAAAAGUUAUUGCAUUACAUUCUUCACUAAAUUAUCUUUCCAUUGAUAUAUAAUUUUAUGAUACUACUCCAAAAAAAAGUGGUGUUAUGAGCCAUCAUUGCCAGAAUAAGAUGACACCUGAUUGGCUCUCUAAACACUCCUUUUUCUGGUUAUUUGGCUAUCGCUUUUGAUGGAAUACAGAUAAUUGAACAAACAUGGUAGCAGUGCAUUCUUCAUUAAAUUAUAUUUCCAUUGAUACAUAAUUUUAUGGUAUUACUAAAAAAAAUGGGGGGUGUUGAGAGCCAGUGUGGUGUAGUGGUUAAGAGCGGUAGUCUCGUAAUCUGGGGAACCGGGUUCGCAUCUCCGCUCCUCCACCUGCAGCUGCUGGGUGACUUUGGGCCAGUCACACUUCUCUGAAGUCUCUCAGCCCCACUCACCUCACAGAGGGUUUGUUGUGGGGAGGAAGGGAAAGGAGAAUGUCAGCCACUUUGAGACUCCUUUGGGUAGUGAUCAAGCGGGAUAUCAAAUCCACACUCUUCUUAUGAGCCAUCAAACCUCGGAAAUACACUUUCUCCAAAAGGUUUCCACAAUUUUGGCCACUAGUGUAGUGCGUUCCCCUUGGGCCUGCCCAGUGUGGUCUAGUGAUUAGAGUGGCAGACCAGGACCUGCGUGACAAGGUAGUGCCAGAUUAAACCCUAUGGAGGCCCCUAUGCAGUCGAAAUCUCGGGGACUCCUUGUAAAUCUUUCAAGAUCAAAUCAAUAUUAUUUUGAUCCAUUGUCACAGGGCCCCUGAAAGGCAUGGGGCCCAUAGACCAGUGCCCACUCUGCCUAUUUGGUCAUCCAGCGCUGAGACCAGGGUCCCCACUCGGCCAUGAAGCUCCCAGGGUGACCUUGGGGGCCAGUCACUGCCUCUCAGCCUGACCUACCUCAUAGGGUUGUUGUGAGGAGGGGCAGAAUAGUGUAUGUAUGACACCUUUUGCUCCCUGUAGGAACAGUGGGCUAUAAAUGUAAUAAAGUGGUUGAGAUGAAAUGUGUUCAAAUCCUCCUUGCUCAAUCCAUUGCCCUCGGGAUAUUGCUGAACUCCAGCUCCUCUUAUUCUUGACUACAAGCCAGUGGGACGGAAGCAGUAAAACAGCAUUUGGAGGGCACUAGGUUGGGGAAGGCUUGUUGAAACACUGUCUGUAAUGAAGUAAAAAACUGCAGCAGCUGCUAUUUUGUUAUCAAAAGAUAUAUAUCCUGCGUCUCUUUAGCAUCUUUGAGGUGGGUUGCAAUCCAGAAAUAACAAUAAAGCAGGGCGCUGUGACCCUACAGGGAAAGAACGGCUACAGGGAAAAGCAGUAGCUGAAUGUUGACCCAAGGAAGAGGCUCCUGAGCAGCUGCCCUGGAGGCUCAGGCUGGUGUUCUGGUGACCCUCCAGGGAAGGAGAAUCCUCCCUCUGUGCCCUGCAGCUGUUUCCCUUCCAGAUGUUGCUGGGACUCCCACCUGCCAGCAGUGGGCCUGGCCAGUGGCCAAGGAUGACGUCUCUUGAGGGGGGAACUGCAGGUUCCCCAGGUGUAGUCAGGUGGGGGAAGGCUGACCUUGCACUUAGGCAACAUGGCUUUUGAACAAGCGCAUUCUUUUGGAACAUUUUCAGAGGGCUCUUCUCUUCCGGAACAUGGUGACAAAAGAGAAGGAGAAGCUGGGGCUGGUGGAGACCAGCUCCGCGUCGCCUCAUGUCACGCACAUCACCAUCCGCCGGUCACGCAUGCUGGAGGUGAGUGGCAUAGCUUCUUCUAGAAGGUGGUGCAAAGAAAACCACCUCUUUCUCUGCUAGCCUUUCUGUGAAGCCUCUUGAUUUGCUGCUUCCUGAAAACAAGGUUCAGGAUUCUUGGCCUUGACUGGCCUUAGCUCCCCAGGGUUUGAGACAAGUGGCUUCCAGCCCUGUUUGGACUGAGGCAGCUAAUGAAGCCUUCUCAUGCCCACAUUUCACUUUGAGCCAGCCUAGUUGCAAACUGUUGCAGGUUUCAAAGGGAGUUCUGCCACAGUCCAUACCAACGAACUGUUCUCCCACCCACACCUGUUAGGAGCCAGAGUCUGGAGCAGGCCUAGUGGUCACAGCAACUCUUCCCAGUAGGUCUUGCCCCAGUGAGGCAGUUGCAAGGCCCUGCCUUCCCAGUGCCCUCUAAGACUCCUCCCCUGGGUCCUUCUCUAGCCACAUGAGGCUUCUUUGCCUUGUUUCUCUUUGCUCUGCCCUAGUCAUUCCUUUUCCGUGUUCUGGGAGACUCGAGGGAGGGGAGCUGCUCACAGCAGGGUGCGGGAAACUCCUUGGCUUCUUCUGCAGUUGCCCCCCCCCCUCCAGCCUCCACUUCAGCCUCUGAACCUGGACUCCCCUCUGACACAGCCUCUUCCUGCUCACCAAACCUGUUACCGUCUCUGCUUCCAAGACUUCCUCCCCAUGGUUUUCUCCCUCUGACCCCCAUUGUGGUGCACCCCCCUCUCCCCGGGCUCUGAGCCGGCUGCCUUUGAGGGGUCCCAGCUGGUGCCCCCCACUCCUCUGCAUCCAACCAGUCCACAACACCACCUUUCUGGCCUUGUGGCACUUGCCACCUCUCCCCAGGAUGGGUACGAACAGUUGCGCCAGCUGUCUCAGAACGCCAUGAAGGGAGUCAUCCGGGUGAAGUUCGUGAAUGACCUGGGAGUGGAUGAGGCCGGCAUUGACCAGGACGGCGUCUUCAAGGAGUUCCUCGAGGAAAUAAUCAAGAAGGUCUUUGACCCUGCGCUCAACCUCUUUAAGGUGCCAGAACCCUGUCCCAAGCCCUGUCUUGUCAGACAGCCCCAGCUGGCCAUGCAGGCAGCCAUGGGCUUAUGUUGCUCUCUCUUGUCUCUGCUGCUGCGUGCCGGUUAGACCACCAGCGGCGAUGAGAGGCUGUAUCCCUCCCCAACGUCCUACAUCCAUGAGAACUAUCUCCAGCUCUUUGAGUUUGCUGGGAAGAUGCUUGGAAAAGCCGUCUAUGAGGUAGGAGGGGCGUGGCGGCUUAGGGGCCUUUUUCAACAGCUGCCCUUGGCACAACCAGUGCCAGCCCUCUGUGGGUGGUUUGGCUCUUGUACGGGACCCCAAGCAUCUUUCCUAAAGAGAAACGUUUUUGCCCAUUGGGUCGGGGGCGGGGAGGCAGGGAGGCUAGCAGGAGCUGGAGCUGGAAUAAUGGAGCCAACUAAUUCUUGUUUUAUCCUCCUCCUCCCUCCUGAGUUUGACAGGAAUAAAGCUGAGACUCAGGAGGAAGAUGCAGGAAGACCGUGUUGCCACACACUAGACUGGAAGCAAAUAACAAAGGGGGGGGGGGAGCUGCCUGAGGGCAGGCUGAGUCUGGUGGGGCAGUGCCCCCUUCUCCCAAUGGACCAUCCAGGAUUUUUGUUAUGGGAUAUAGAUCGCCUCUUCCAGUGUUCAGGCUCUGAUUACUUGGUGGCUGGUGAUAGUGAAAUGCAGCUCUCGGAGCCGUUUUCCUUCUCCCCCUUUGCAGGGGAUUGUGGUGGAUGUUCCUUUUGCAUCUUUCUUCCUGAGUCAGCUGCUGGGACAUCAUCACAGCAUCUUCUACAGCUCUGUGGAUGAACUUCCCUCACUGGAUUCAGAGUUCUAUAAAAACCUGACCUCCAUCAAGGUUUGUUUGCCAUCUUUUGGCUUUCUCUCAGUGCCUUGUUCAGCUGGCACCUUCUCCUAAUGGGCGCCUGGCCACUUGUCUGUCCUUAUCUUCCUUUAAUUAUAACCAGCACAAGGGGAUUUGGGCUUGCAACUGAUUGCUCUAAAUGCAGUUCUGAUAACUGAGUGAGACGUCUGUCAUUGUGUUUCUCCCAGUUAUUGACUAGGCCCAGUCUCCUUGCGCUUGGCCCAGGGAGCAGAAACUAACUGCUAAGCUAACAGUGUGCCAGGCUGUCUCCUUCUGCAGUCAGACAUCGUUAGCACACAUUAAGCAACAUGUAUAACAUUAAAUUGAAUGAAAAAUUCAGCAUCUAGAAAAGAUUGGGUUUUGUUUUUUUAAUGAAAUUGUGAAUGCCAGAGAAGUUUCUAGACUCUGUGAAUGUCUAGUGGGAGUUGACAGUGAGUGGCUGAUGCCUAUUGCAGUGUUGGAAGUAAGAGGAAUAGGUGAGUCAGAGCUGCUAGUGGUGGCUGGGAUUCUGCGUAGCCAGAUUCAUCACAUACAGCGUUGCACAUGAAUGUAUUUGGCUGAGCUUAAUUUGGACACGUGCAGCAGAAUUCUGAGAGAGUGCUAGAAAGUGAAGCCCAGCCAGUUAGGGUGGAAACUGAGCAGCCUCAGCACUUAAACUCUCCCCUUCUUUCUUUCUCCCCCCUUCUCAGCGUUACGAUGGAGAUAUCAGUGACUUGGGCCUGACGCUUUCCUAUGACGAAGACGUGAUGGGCCAGGUAGGGCUCCCUCCCAAUCUCCUCAUCUUUUUUUGUCACAUUUUCUGCUUUUCCGGGUCCAGUAGGGAGUGACACCCCCUUUGGACUCUGAGUCCAGCCCUCUUGGCCAAAUGCUCCAUGAAUUGCCCUGUGCCAGGCAGGGCUGACACUUCCCAUUCAGACUUUUUUGCUCGCUGUCUCCUAAAAAGCUUAGCUCUUCAUUCUUUAUUGAUUUGAAUCCUUCCCCCACCCCCCUCAGCUCCCACAGUUCUGCCGCACACAUAAAGUAUACACUCAACAUGAACAUGUACAAACCUCCCCACAGGAGCUGGCCCACCUCCGCCCUCCCCAGUAAGCACAACUCAGCCACCCGCCUGUGAUGGGGCGGGGCAGGCUGGGCCUCUGUGUCAUAGGGCCAUUCUCUCUAGAAGGUGUGACACCCCCAGCCGCACCCCCCGACCUGAACUUCCCGUGGUAUAUUACAAGCAAUAAGUAAUGUCUCUCUCUCUCUACCUCCCAACCCCACCGUUUUUCUAGCUUGUUUGCCAUGAACUUAUUCCAGGAGGGAAAACCAUCCCUGUAACCAACGAAAACAAGUAAGUGAUCACUUAUCAGCCCUGAUCCCCCUGGGGCUGCAUUCUGUCCCCUUCCCAAAGGGUGGCUGACUUCAACAUGUUGAGGCGGAAAGGGUACCCCCAGUGCCCAAGUGACUCCCACACCAGGCAAGACGUAGGAACGAGGUGCUUGCGUCACCCUAGGUAUCCAGAUUGCCAGAAGAACUUUUGGAAAUGGAAUAUUUCCAGGAUGUGGUGGGAGUUUUACCUGCUAGCACUUUUACCUACUAACAUUUGUAACUCAGGAGGUGGAAAACCUUGACUUUUUGUUAGAUAUAAAAAAAUGCAAAGCAGUGUUCCAACCUUUCUUUUUAAAUAUCAGGUUGUGGGAGUUCCAUUGCCCCACCACACGCUUGAAUCGCCCUGGUGGGUGGGAUUUCCUGCAGCGGCUGCCUUGUGUUUGCACCUAAUGGCCCUGUUGUAUGUGACUGGAAGGAUCCUGCGCUCCUUGUGCUGCAGUUGGACUUCUGCCAUUUUUCACAGGAAGCCGUCCUUGGGAAUAUAAGCUGCGGCAGCAUCCAGAGCGCUGCAUUUGCUUUGCCCCAAGUGCUUCUGUGUGGCCCGUGGGAUCUUCCUUUUGACCUUGUGGCUCAGCUGAUCUCAAACUCCUUUGGAAACUGUUUCAAAAGUGGCGCACUCUGAGAGGAGAACUUGGAGGCAGAAGUUUGGCUUCCAGUCCUUGUUGGGGAAAGUUUCCCCUGGGAGCUCCCCAUGGUCUGCCUUGUCACAUGCGCUGCUUUGUGGAACGAGAACAGGAUGGGGAGUCCUCUUGAGCCUUUCUGAACUAACCCUAACCGCUCUGCCCUGUGGUGAGGGGGCCAUUCUUCCCCACCCCUAGGAUGGGACUGGUGUGCUGGCCAUGACCACCCUCUCUCUGAAAUGCACACCAGGGACUGCCACCCUGGCCACAUUGCUCACCAACCAACCCCCCAAACCUCCACUCCAUUUACCAGUCCCCCACCCCAUUCCUUUUCACCUCAUCCAAACCCCGUCUUGCAGCUUCUCUGUGUCCCUGCGUUAUUUAAACCUAAACCUGCCAUUCUGAAACCUGCUUUCUCUACUGCUACCUUCCUGUGCCCUGACUUCAUGCCAAUACAGGAUUGGGAUGAGGCACUGCAGGUCCUCUUGUGGGGCUGCGUGAUGACAGCCUUACAUUUUAUGUAUAUAGGGAUGGAAGGAAGGAUGGAUGGAUGGAUAGAUAAAUAUGGGUGCCUUUCUGUCCCCCACGUCAGGAUCAGCUACAUCCACCUCAUGGCCCACUUCCGGAUGCACACGCAGAUCAAAAGCCAGACGGCUGCCUUCAUCAGCGGCUUCCGCUCAAUCAUCAAGCCCGAGUGGAUCCGUGUCUUCUCUGCCCCUGAGUUGCAAAGGCUCAUAUCGGGUGACAACGCCGAGAUAGACCUCGAAGACUUGAAGUAAGGGAGAUGGGGGGGGGGUGUCUCUUUCCACAUUCUGCUUCAUUGGAUGUCCACAAGUUGUAUUAUUAAGAAAGAGGGAGGCACACUUUUCUUUCUCUCCUCUGUCCAUGCCAUGUGUAAGUUCAUAAAGCCCAAAAACUUUGAGGAGGGAUUUGAAAGGCUGGAGAGGAGAGGGAGUGUGUGUGUCUCCAUCCACCCACCCAUGCAGGGUGGGGGAGCUCCACACAUCAGGGGCAGCAAGGGGCAAGUCCUUUCAGGUUUAUCUGCGGCAGAGUGUCCAGUUUUGAUCAUGGGUGUGGGGCACAUUUGGAAGAGGUAAUCAUGGGAAUAUCAAAGCUCAUUAGGGUGCUGAAGGUUAACGGUGACCUCCUUCUCUACUGGCUUGAGUCACCAUACAGUGAAGUUUCAGUGUUUCCAGUUGAAAGUAGCCAUUGGUGGGUGGGUGUCCCAUGGGAAGUGAGCAAGGGGGACCCCUCUGCAAUUCACCUUCUUUAUUUGCAUAAUGGUCCCACCAGCAGCUUUCAUGUGGCAACCGGAAGUUGGGGGCAGAGCUGUAGUCCUUCCUUUGAUCUAGUGACUUCAGUGACCUAUGAACUCCACUUGAUUUUUUGUCUCUUCUUCCUUAGGAAGCACACUGUGUACUACGGGGGCUUCCAUGGCAGUCACCGAGUCAUCAUUUGGCUUUGGGAUAUCCUAGCCAAUGAUUUUAACCCCGAUGAAAGAGCCAUGUUUCUUAAGGUAAGCUGUGUGUGUAAAACAAGAGUGACCAACCAGGCCUGGUGCCCUCCAGAUGUUGGGCUUCUAGCUCCCACUGGCCUCAGCCAGCAUGACCAAUAGUCAUGGAUAAUGGGAGCUGGGAGUCCACCAGGUUGGUCGUUCAUGGACCUUAGUCACUUGAGUACAUGUGGAUAGCUCAGUCAGUAGAGCAUGAGACUCUUAAUCUCAGGGUUGGGGGUUUGAGCCCCAUGUUGGAUGAAACAUUCCUGCAUUGCAGGGGGUUUGGACUAGAUGAUCCUUGUGGUCCCUUCCAACUCUGAUUCUCGCAAGUGUAGUUUCUUGCUGGUCUUCUGAAUGCAAGAUAUGCACUGUAUAUAUGGUUACCUGUGGGCUUUCCCCUAAAGAGAAAGCAAGAUUUUGGUCUUCAUGAUCCAUCAUAAAGGGCUGCUUUAACAUUGGAGCUGCCUUAUACUGAGGUCUGCUCUUCUUACGUAGACUCUUUCCUACCCCUAUCUGGGAAUGCUGAGGAUUGAACCCAGGAACAUAGGCACACAAAGUCCUUGCUCUGGUAUUAAACUGGGGUCCCAGCUUGUUUAAAUGCAGGCACAUAAAGGCUGCUUCAGACAGAGAAAGGACUUUGAUCAAUCUAGACCAGGAAUCCAUUCCCCACUUGGACAUGAAACUCACUAGGUGACCUUGGCCCACUCUCACUCUCAGCCGUACCUACCUCGCAGGGUUGUUGUGGGGCUCCAAUGACGAGAGGGAGAACCAUGGACAUGCUGCCUUGAGCUCCUGGGGGGUUGGAUUUAAAUACAAUAAAGUAAUAAUAAUAAAUGUGGGGCAGCCCCUCAGCGCCACCCAUGACAAUGGUGCUGCACCCCAGUUGAAGAGCCAGCCUGAUCCAGUACACGUCUCCCCCUUCCCCUUGCUCUUUUUCCUCUCCUGUGCCAGUUUGUUACCAGCUGUUCUCGGCCACCACUGCUGGGCUUUGCCUACCUCAAGCCUCCCUUCUCCAUCCGCUGCGUGGAAGUAUCAGAUGACCAGGUAUGUGCAUGAGCCAAGCUGGCGAGCCUUGACCUCCUGUGUUCCCUGCAGGUGCCAUGGUCUCCUUCCUGGCAUGGAAGUGUCUGCUGGCUCCACCCUCCCUUAAAGGAGUCACAGUUCACAGAAUUAGACAAAUUCUUGGAGAAGAGAGCUAUCAGGGCCUACUAGGCACACCAGAUACUUCCGAGUGCCAUGAGGUGGUGGAGGGAAGUGCUCUUGUGCUCAGGUCCUGCUUGAGGGUUUCACAUGGAGACGUCUGGUUGGCCACUGUGAGAACAGGAGGCUGGACUGCAGGAGCCACUGGCCUGGUUCAGCUGAAAGGAACACAGCCACCCCCACGGAGGAUCCCAGGCUUGUCUUUAGAGGACAGCCCUGGGGCCAAGACCCUGGAACCUUGAGGAGGAAUGUUGGGGAGGGGGAUGGAGGGAGAUCUUUCUCCCAAUUCAGCUCUCCACCCCUCACCCCGGUUCAGGUUGUAAGCCCUUUUAGAUUUACUUAACCGGAUCAUGUGUUUUGUGGAGAAAUCAGCUGUGUGGGAGGAAUCCAGGGUCUCAACAGUGAGGCUAAUGGCAGAAGUGGAGGGACAGCCAAGGGCCAGGCAGCAACUGGGGAGUUUAAGGCCAGUUUAGAUGUUACUAGGGUAACACUUUAAACAGUCAUGGCUUCCCCAAAAUAAUUAUGGGGGUUACAAUUUGUUCAGGGUGCCAGGAAUUGAUAGGAGACUCCUAUUCCCUCAUGGAGUUUUCGAGUUAUCUGUGAAGAGGGAUGGAUUGAUCUAUGGACUGCUCUAAGAACUGUAGCUCUGUGUGGGCAAUGGGGCCUCCUCACAGCUCCUCAGCACCCAUCACAAACUACGGCUUCCAGAAUUCUUGGGGGUGGGGAGCCAUGACUGCCAAGUGGUGUGAAUGUGACCUAGGCCACCAGCAGGCCUGUGUCAGCCAUGAUGCUCUGUAACCAUCAAACACCAAAGGUGAUGCAAAGCAGCUCCCAGCUGAAUCGCAUACCGUAAGGCAGGCCUGUCCUUUGGGGUUGGUCCCCUCGCUCUGCUCUAGAGAGCAGUUAUUCUCUGAUGUGGAAAUAGUGAGGACCCUGCCUGGAACAGGCUGCUCUGUUGGGGUCCCAAGGGCCUUCUGGGCAGAGAGCACCCAGAUCUCAUGCAAGAUGCUUUGUUCAGCCUGCAGCGCUCGCCAGGCACGUGUGUUUGUGGCACCCCAAGCCCUCUUUUUCUCUCCCCAGGACACGGGGGACACCCUGGGCAGCGUCCUGCGGGGCUUCUUCACCAUCCGGAAGAAAGAGCCAGGCGGGCGACUGCCCACCUCCUCGACCUGCUUCAACCUCCUCAAGUUGCCCAACUACAGCAAGAAGAGCGUUCUGCGGGAGAAGCUGCGCUAUGCCAUCAGCAUGAACACAGGCUUUGAGCUCUCCUAG